GGUCCCGCCCUCAGCCUGCCAGCGGCAAGUCCGGCCGCUGAUUGGUUCCAGUCGCUGCCACUCAGGGGAGACGGGCUGCGGGAUCCGCGGAGCCACUGGAGACCGGAGCGGAGCGGCCGAGGAUUGAAGAGUUCAGCACACUGCAAAAUGAACGUGGCAAAGGGUGGCUACCGCGUAUUCUCGGCUAAUUCAAAUGCUGCCUGCACUGAGUUAGCCAAACGCAUCACUGAGCGUCUUGGAGUUGAACUUGGCAAAGCUGUGGUUUACCAGGAGCCAAACCGUGAAACACGAGUGGAAAUAAAAGAAUCUGUUCGUGGCCAGGAUAUUUUCAUCAUACAGACCAUCUCGCGAGAUGUUAACACGGCUGUGAUGGAAUUGCUAAUCAUGGCCUACGCCUGCAGGACUUCAUGUGCCCGGAACAUCAUUGGAGUGAUUCCCUACUUCCCCUACAGCAAGCAGUGUAAAAUGAGGAAGAGGGGCUCCAUUGUUUGCAAACUGCUUGCGUGCAUGUUGGCCAAAGCAGGAUUAACCCACAUUAUCACAAUGGACCUUCAUCAGAAGGAGAUCCAAGGUUUCUUCAACAUUCCUGUUGACAACCUUCGGGCAUCACCAUUUCUACUGCAGUACAUUCAGGAUGAGAUUCAGGAUUACAGGAAUGCAAUCAUUGUUGCAAAGUCACCUGCUGCUGCCAAGAGAGCACAGUCAUAUGCAGAGAGACUCCGGCUGGGACUAGCGGUGAUACAUGGAGAGGCUCAGUAUGCAGAGUAUGAUUUGGUGGAUGGGCGUCACUCUCCUCCAGCUGUGAAGAACACGAUGAUACAUUCUGGUCUGGAGUUACCAUCUGUACAUAGGCUGCAAGUUCCGUUUCCUGGUAUCGAGCUUCCAAUGAUGAUGCCCAAGGAAAAGCCACCCAUCACUGUGGUUGGAGAUGUUGGUGGAAGAAUAGCCAUCAUUGUGGAUGACAUUAUUGACGACGUUGAUGGCUUUGUGGCAGCUGCUGAGAUUCUGAAGGAGCGGGGCGCGUACAAGAUCUACGUCAUGGCCACUCAUGGUCUCCUCUCUGCCGAUGCCCCUUGUUUGAUAGAAGAGUCAGCCAUUAAUGAGGUGGUUGUAACAAAUACUAUUCCUCACGAAGUUCAAAAGCUGCAGUGCCCCAAGAUCAAAACUGUAGAUGUCAGCAUGAUCCUGUCUGAAGCCAUUCGCCGUAUCCACAAUGGGGAGUCGAUGUCGUACCUGUUCCGUAACAUCACAGUUGAUGACUAACCCAAGUCUCUCUGAAGCGGUAAAGUGCAUAAGCAGAGGUAAUGCAGGGCAUUGUGUGAUGUCUGGAAUGGCUGUAGUGAGGCAGUUUCUGUGCUGUUGCAGUGGUUCCCAAUUGCUGCCUUUGUUCCUGUGCAGAAUAUCUCUCUGAGAAAUGCCCUGCCUUCAACUCAGCCUUUUAAAUAGUUCCUGCAAUGUCAUUUAAUUCUGUAAAGGACAACUCUGCAGUCUGUUGGAAAUUGCUGCUGAAUGGCUGUUUUGAAAUUUGUAAAUUGUUAAUAGUGCAAUUGAGUCGCCCUCUUCCUGUACGGACUGCUCUCAGCAAGUCACUGAAUAGUGUAAUAAAAGGGCGGGAGUGAAACUCUGCCGACUCUGCAUUGAACUUUAUUUUUCUGUAAACUAUUGGACAGCGUCAUUGGUGAUGCCAGAUACGUGUGAUGGUUGGGUUGUCGUGUCUCUAAUUAAACUACCAUGAUUACCUAAGAA